UAUUUCUUUGACACUGCAGUUUCCACUGAAUUCUAUCAAUAAGUGCUCACAAAUUCAUAAAUAGCUACUUUUUUAUAUAGUUAAUAUAUCUGUACUAUGAUAAGAAAUUGAAAUAUCGAUAUCUGAUUUAACAAAAGCAAAAUAUUACAACAUAAUUAAUUAUAUGGCGCCGUUAUAUAUUAAAAAUCAAUUACAAUAUGGAUGAACGACUGGAAAUAACUACUAAUUUGAAGAAGAUAUUCGAAUAUUUCCUUGAUGAGAAUUUCAUCACAAAGCAUAAUGUUUGUUUUGAUAAGCUAAUAACACACUUGGCUUCAAAAGAGAACGCUUACAUACUACUAGCUCCUUUUGCCUUGGAUUGGGUUGACCGCUGCAUUAAUAUUCUUUGCGAGGACAUCACCAAAUUGAAUUUCAAAGUCAUUUCAUUCGCUUUCAACGUUUUUGGCUUACUUGUAAACAAUGAGUGGACCAUAAUCGAAAUAAGACAACGUCAUUUAAUGGACAAAGUAUUAAUGGUCGUUAAACGUGAAUCGCAUCGUUUCAAUCCGUCUAUUAAAUUAGGUGUUAUACGGCUUUUCCAUGCUGUCUCUAAAUACAGCAUUGGCUUAGCUUACUUACGUACUAUGAAUGCGUGGCAAUUCCUCAUAGAAUAUUGCAAUCAAGAUCACACACUGUACGUGGUACGUGAAGCGCGACUUUUACUAUAUGAGAUGCUCUAUAAAUACGAUGUGAAAACAAAAGAUGAAAAAGUGGUAAAAGAAAUACUUAAUGAAAUAUUUCAGCCUGUUUUGGCAAAUGUUUUUGAAAGUCAUAAUGAGAACAUUAUUAUCAAUGUGGAUGAUUAUGAGGUGCAGCAUAAACUGUCUUCAACACUGGACUUAAUAUCAUUUAUUCUUCAACAAACGCUCGAAUCGGAAGAAAAGACUAAUAUUGCAGAAUACUGCAGAACGGAAUAUAAUGUUGACAUUACACUUUGGAAAUUAACUGAAAUUUCAUUUAACGAAAAUUUUAUUUGCAAAAUUUUAGCAACCUUAUCAUCUUAUUACUUUGCUAUAUUAAUAUUUGAUAAGUGGAGUGGAGGUCAAAUACCAGCGGACAAUUUCAAUGAGUUCUGUAUUUCUAUAUUCAAUGAAAUGAAGUUCUGUGUCACUAGAAAUUACUGUGUUACUUUUCUUAAGGUUGCCGAAAUCAAUCAUAAAUUAUGGAAAAAACUUGGUAAUCGUGUUCCUAGAGAGGUGUUGCUUGAAAAUGAAUUAGUACGCUAUGAACACCAGUUGAUGACUUUUCAACUGUUACCUCUGCACAUGCUUUUAAAGUCCCAUGUAUUUCUCGAGGAAGAAAUAUUUGAAAAAUAUAUAACAAAGAUAUUUGAAAUAAUAUGUGAACUAACGCUACGCAUCGGUUACGCUUACAGAGACUUGCUAUUUAAUAAAUCAUCUGCAACGAAUGCAGAUUUAUCAUUGAAAUCAAUUCAUGGUGCCAUGUCAAUGGUGGAUAUAUUGGAGCGUGAUCAGGCAGUGCUUAUUUUUGAAGCUUGCAUGUAUGCACUGAAAGAGUUCAUAAUAACAUUAUACCCCAAAAUGAUUAUUGACGGUCCAGAUGUUUCUCCUGUAGAAGAAAUACCAAGCUUUUCGGCUAUUUCUGAAUUUUCCAGUGUCGCACAUGCUAUUUUGGUUGCAAUGCAGACGCUGAUUGAAAGAUUUAAAAUUACGUGGAAGGACUCAAUCGAGACAAUUUGCUUAGUAAAUUGCGUGUUGUAUCUGUUACAGGCAGAGGAUCUACCAACAAAGGUGUCUGUACAAUCUCUUAAAUUGUUAAAACUUUCUAUAGAGCACUUUCUUUCACCAAACAUGGCGCUGCUUGUAGAUAACCUGAAAGGUUCCGCAUUGUUAGUGAUGGCCCCGGUUAUUAUGAAACGUUCUCAUGACACCGCUUGGGAAGUGCGUGACAGUGUUUUAGAGCUUGUUAUCUCAAUUACUGAUAUAUCAUGUUGUAAGUAUCCCGCAUUUCAGAAAUUCUUAACCGAACACUGGAUGUGUUGUAUCGUGUAUGAUAUGGCCAAACACGAUUCCGAGCCUUACGUUCGUGCUUCUGCACUAAAAUGCAUUUCAGAACUUGUAGCAAUUGAUGCUAUAUGGGAAUCAGGUUUAAGCAAACAAAAUUUACCCGAUCAUCUCCUUGAUGUGUUACAUAAUGAGCCAGAAGGGAUCGUGCGGAAAGAGGCAUUAUCUACAUUUACUAAAUUAAACAGUUUGCGUAGAAUAACCAGUCGCUAUAGAGAUAAUUUUUACUCUACACUAGUCUAUUGCGUCGUUAACGAUUUACAUUGGGAGGUAAAAGUUGAAGCUCUGAAAGCGUGGAACAGUGAGAUAUGCAAUUUGUUGUCAAAUGAGGGCAUGAUUGAUGGCAUAUUUCCGCCAGUUACAUUCUCCAAAGAGAAGCGCAAGAUUGUUCAAUUAAAUGAAAAGGAAAUUAGUUUACGAUUUUCCAAAAUACUAAAUGAACUGUCGCAACGUGGUUGCCUCGGCGUAAUACUAAAGUGUCUAAAUGAUGAGUGUGAUGUGGUUGUAAUUCGAGAAGCUAAAUGUCUUAUUAAAAAUUUGGUUGAUAAACUAGAUGAAUAUAAGUAUACCUGUGCAUCAGAUACUACAAUUCCGACAGCAAAUCUCAAUAACCAAACAUCCGACAGUAAGAUAAAUAAUUGUUUUUGCGGUAGCAACAACAACACCAAUAUGAAUGAUUCAACAAUAAAGUUGGAGAAUAAUUCGUUGGAAAUAGUAAGUGGUGAUGCAGAAACCAUCGAAUUUCUCGAUUCCGAAGAGAUCAUCGAAUCUAUACUUGAUACAAAGGACAUAAAUUUAUUGGCGGAAGCAUAUGAGCACAAUAUGCAUAUGAACGAGAAAAGUAAGCAAAAACAUAUCAACAAAUUCUACUACCGGAAAUUCAGUAACGUUAGCGCAAAGGAAUUUCUUGCUAUAGUUAGGCGCACGGACUUCGAAGAAAAAAUUUGUAAACAAGACGAGUGGUUUUUGUGUAAUGAAAAUUUGGCAUCACUUUUGGAAGACAUUUUAAAUCUAUUUGAGCCGGAAUCAAAUAUCGAAAGAAUAUCGGCGGAUUGUUAUUGAUCUACUGAACAACUUUUACCAUUUAUAGUUCUACGGUAUCAUAUAUUAAUGAAUGUAAAAUUCAGAAUAUUUUAUAAAAUGUUUAACAGUUUAAAUAAACUUAAGCACAUAUGUAUAAAUAAAAACAAGAAUACAUGUUUA